AUGGCUCUGUACAACCAAACUGUGGAUUUCCUUUCCGAUGCCUUCUCAAAGAAUCAGGCUCAACUUCCAUUACUAGCGGUGACUGGGGCUUCAUUCACACUUGGUUUACUCGCUCGAUCCAUUUUCCCUCGAAAUGAACCGCUCCAGACUGUUCUGGUCUCGCCUCGAUCGACAGUCUUGCCUGGUAUAUCCGAGUCGGAGAAUCGCCAGCUGCCUCUACCGGCUGAUGUCCUACCCGGUGCUCGUGAUGUAGAUAGCCCGUACGGAUCGAUCCGAGUGUAUGAAUGGGGCCCCGAAGAUGGUCCCAAGGUGUUGUUCGUGCACGGUAUCACCACGCCGUGUAUUGCGCUCGGCGGGGUGGCCCAUGCGCUGGUGGAUCGCGGCUGCCGUGUGAUGCUAUUUGACCUGUUCGGAAGAGGAUAUUCCGACUGCCCUGCUGAUCUUCCACAGGAUGACCGUCUCUUCUCAACACAGAUCUUCCUUGCUCUGACAUCAUCGCCUAUCUCUUGGACAGGUGUGGAGUCUGGUAAAUUCUGCCUUACCGGGUAUUCCCUAGGGGGUGGCAUUGCCGCUGCCUUUGCAUCCUACUUUCCUCACCUUCUGUCGUCAUUGGUGCUCUUAGCCCCUUCGGGCUUGCUCCGCGAUUCGCACAUCAGUUUCCAGAGUCGACUCCUUUACUCAAAGGGUCUUAUGCCUGAGAAUAUCUUAACGUCCUUGGUUAGGCGUCGAUUGAGAGCUGGCCCAUUGACAACGCCCCAGCCCAAGAACGCGAAGCUUAAUGCCGCAAAUGCACUCACCGAGGAACUGCCUUCCCAAAGCGCUGCAGCAACUCAGAUUCUGUCCCGAAACUACCCUCACAUCAACAUCCCGUCUACUGUGGCGUGGCAGGUGAACAAUCAUACUGGGUUUGUCCAUGCGUUCAUGUCUAGCAUGCGUUAUGGCCCAAUCCUACGAGAGCGCCAAUGGAACACAUGGAAGCGUCUCGGCGAGUAUUUAACUACACAGAAUGCCACCUCAGGCAGCGAAAACAAGAGGUCGACAGAUAACAAAGUCCACAUUCUGUGCGGCAACAAUGAUCCAAUCAUUGUCAAAAGUGAGCUUGUUCCAGAUGCCACAGCUGCCCUCGGUGGCAAUGUUGUCUUCAAAUUCUACGAAGCAGGACAUGAGUUCCCCAGCACCAAGUACGAGGAAGUAGCGUCUUACAUUUUCGAGGUACUAUGA